AUGGUUCCUCCUUUUGGGACCAGCUUCCUAACUGAGAGGAAACAAAGUGUGAAGAUAGGUAGUGUGAAAUCAGACUGGCAACGCAUUAAUGCUGGUGUACCACAAGGCACAAAACUUGGUCCAGUUUUAUUUGUCAUUAUGAUUAACGAUCUGAGCACCAAAUGUGACACAUUCAAAUAUGUAGAUGACACCACAAUUCUAAGCUACGGGAAUACCAAACUGCAGGACAAUCUCCCUGAUGCAACAACAGAACUCACUCUCUGGUCCCAUGCUAAUAAACUAACAAUAAAUACUACCAAGACCAAAGAGAUCAUAUUUGAUUUCUCCAAAAAAGGACAAAACUACACCCUUACAAAUGUGUGCCAAGCUUGUUCAGCCUUGGUCACGUGCACGGUCACGUGCACCGAUUGUGACGACACAGUGAUUAAUCCGGAUUUGUCGAGUCACAGGGAUUGGGUAAUAGACUGGUUUAAAAACCGCGACGGAAUUCGUGCCCUUUUACAUUCGGGACUGACAGCAAGACGUGAAGGAGACAAAAAAGAUAAAAAUAUGAAGAACUUUAGCACACAAUUAGUCCUAGUAGUAUUUCUCCUGAUUUCUGGAGAUAUUUUGGAGGCUCAGGGCGGACGGAAAAACCAGGAACGUCGUCUAAAAAGGCUACUGCGCCUUCAGGCUUCAUCGAGCGUCCCCCUUGCGAACGACGCGCCGGCUGCGGGCUCUGAUGGCGAUUCCUCGAAGGUGAUAGGGCAACUACAGAGCACGGUGGGGACCUUGGGCAGGCAACUUAUCAUGCAGCAGCUGUUUGUAGAGGAAAGAAUACGGUCUGAGGGGAGCUCGGGGAUAAAACAGAUCAGACUUCAGACGGACGGCACGCGGCCGUACCACUCCACGACGUACACCGGUAACAGCGCCGUCAGUAUUCAUAACCAUGCUAACUACGACCGCACCAUAGGGAUGGGAGAGUUUGCCGCCGUCUUGAACGGGGUGGAGUUCCGGACCAGGCAUAACGAUUACAAGUUCGUCAUGCCAUGCCGGAGAAGCAAAGAUUUUCACUGCACAGAGGAUAUCCCUUUCCCUGAUGUGCCACCAGAGGUCAGGAAUAAAGCCACGGUGCAGGAACAGAUAGCGGAGAUGAAGGAGUGGUUCAAAGCCUGGAAAAAUCAAGACAAAUCUCACAGAGAUUACACUAAAUACUUCAAAGCCAACCUUUGCUACUUAGAAGGAGCCUGGAUGAAAAGUUCAGCACCUUUAGAAGAAUCCUUCGACAGUGACCGCCACUUUUUGGACGCCACGGACUGGUUUGACCUGCACGAGAAGGCUCGCUUCAGCGCGUACUCUGGUCGCAAGGACAACCUUGAGAACUUUGCCUAUCUUCCCGUCACCAUUUCCGAUCUCAUCAACGGCACGAUUCCCGAGCUUGCGCAGUGGAACUACCGGAUAUUAUGUCAUCCUCUGAAGAAGGACAUACCGUUCAGCCACUUCCGGACCGUGGACGACCUUCAUUCCAGAAUGGCCUACAAAUCCAGCAUGGCGCUACAAACCGGGUCACGAAGAGCGAGGUUCCAACUAAACCCUGACAACCGCGGGUACUGGGGAGAAGAGAAGGCGUAUCAGCGUAGUUUUCUGGACGAGCUGAUGGAGCAGAUCCCAGGCAAGGACAAUUAUCCAGCUAAUAUAACAGACGACAUCUUUGGUUACACGGCCUUCACCUUGGACCCGGACGAAGACGGCAACGACCGCGUGCUGAAUGCCGGUUACUACCAUCGUUGGUUUAAAGUCGCUAAAAGGGGAGCAAACGGCUUAACACAGAUGCAUCGUAGCUACGCCGACCAGAACAUCUUCAUGGCUAUGACAACACAAGAGAAAGUAGCCGGUCUAAGUAUUAAAGAUUGUAAACUAAGGAAGAAAAAGAGGAGAGUGCAAGACUGCGGCGGAGUAGAACAGAAGUGGACCUAUUCUAUCCCCCUGGAGAUCGUGUAUUCAACGCCUCAGCUUUCCUGGAACCCUUACAACCUGCACUUCAAAGGAGACGCCAAGUCCGACCUUGGGAAGACUGUGAGAGAGGGGCCAAACGGGUCUGUCCGUAGUGGAAAGAUGGAAGCCAACUUGGCAUUUAAUGGUACCAACGCUGCCCUAUACUACCAAACUCCAGUAGAGUUCUACACCAACGAGGAUAAGGACGCUGCAGACACCAUGAGAUAUGGAGGCGUUGGAGUCUUGGACAGACAAGGCGAAGUAAAAUCGGUAGAUGCCUCUGGUUUUCGAAUUGAACUUAACAUAAAUGGUGUUGGUGAAAUUCGUCAGAGAUGGCCUAUAAUGCCCGUGUCGGUAGAGGGCAGCACCAUCAUGAAGGAGAUCGAGGCACUAAAGGACAUGGUCAUGGAGCAGCGGAAGUACAUCAGCUUGUACCGUGAAUUACCGAUUGCCCUGUCCUCUGAUAAUGCCACGGAAUAUGCUCCAACUCUGCGCGACAUCGAGCUCGAAACAACGGUCGCCACGGAGGACCCGCCUGGCCCCCAUACCCACAUGGUACGACUGACUGCUGACCACAUCAAAAUCAUGAAAGAAGAUGGCCGCGCCGUCAAUGUAAUGACGUCAACAGACUUUGGGCAUUUUCACCAGCUGAGGGUCAGAUACGUUAAACGAUGUGACUGCUUCCGCAUAUCUAAGUGUGACAACCAAAGAGGUGAUUGCUGGGACGGACACUCAGUGUGGCUCACCCCUACGGCAGGCUAAUAAAUGCGCAUGCGUACAGACACCGGCUAGUUCCUGAAGGUUGUCAGACAAUCUGCAACAUAGAAACAGUUCAUGAAUAUUCCAGACACCAAAUGUUUACCUUAUAGUUUUAUGUGUAAUAGAAGAUCAUGUGAUGAUUUUAUUUUAUUUAUCUAUUCAUCUUUUAUGGGGGUAGCUUGGAAAUGGAGUUGGCAAGCACAAGUGUGGGAUGAUGUUUUAUUUGUAGUUUAUUUAAUAUUUGGUUGCAUCCAUUGUCAGUCAUUGCACGCUAGUAAACCAGUUUGAAUAAACCCAGCUCUUACAAACUGUCUUC